CCCCAACUCUAUCAGUCGUUUGUUCUUUCUCUCACAACCGUCUCCCUUCUUCUCCCUUCUCUCUCUCACACACAUUUCUUUCUAAGGACUUUGCAUACACCUCUGUAUUUUUUUUUAGACAUAUCCUUCCCCAUUCCUUCACUCCUCCAUUUCCAUUUCUUCACUCCUCCAUUUCUCCAUUUUGAUACCCUUUAUUAUUACUAUUGAUAUAUUUAUUGCUAUUAUUAUUUCACAGCUUCCAUACCCCUAAUAAUAAAUCAUGGACAAUACAGAACCAACUCCACCACGGGUGCUGAUCGUGGGAGCAGGCUUAGGAGGACUCAUGCUGGGUCUGUUGUUAGAAAAGAUUGGCAUCCCAUACGAUAUUUUUGAACGUGCUCCCAUUCUCAAACCGUAUGGUGCGGCCAUGGGACUGGUGCCUAAUAUUAUGCCUGUAUUUGAACAGCUUGGGCUGCUCGAAGAGAUCCUCAAGGUCUCAUUCCCUGCUGUCACCAUGGAUAUCUACCGAGAAGACCUAAGAAUAAUUGGCUCAUUGGAUAUUGGCGGAAGCAGUGAGCUCAUUGGUUAUGAUUCCAUUGUGUUCAGUCGUCCAGACCUCCAUAGACUACUUGUUUCCAAGACUCCACCAGGGAGAAUCCAUUUGGGCAAGCGAGUACUCUCAGUAGGGCAAAGCGAGCAUGGUGCAUUGAUUCGUUGUGCUGAUGGCAGUGUUCAUCAAGGCGAUAUUGUCGUUGGGGCUGAUGGAGCCUACAGCGCUGUUCGUCAAAAUCUCUACGACCGAUUAGAAAAAGAGGGUAAACUACCGAGAAAAGAUACAGAAUCCCUGAGCUUGGGGUAUACUUGCUUAGUAGGAACAUCUCAACCAAUGGACCCAGAAAAAUACCCUGUCCUCAAGGAUCCUUUCUCGCACUUUGGAGUCGUCAUUGCAGACGGAAAGCCCCAUUCGUCUACCAUUCUUACAGUUCCGGGUAAUCGCAUAUGCUUCGGAAUUGUCAUUCAGUUGACUCCAGAGGAGAAGGAAGCAGUAUUUCGAAACUCGGAAUGGGGACCAGAGUCUCUCGAUAAUACAAUUGCUAAAAUACAAGAUCACCCGAUCCCUUUUGGUGGAACAAUCCAUGACAUUAUCCGUGCAACUCCAAAAGAUGUCAUUACGAAUGUUUAUCUAGAAGAAAAAAUCUUCGAAACAUGGACUUAUAAGCGCAUUGCAUUAUUGGGAGAUGCUUGCCACAAGAUGCUUCCGAGUGCAGGUCAAGGUGCGGUCAACGCAUUGUAUGAUGCAGUGGCUCUAGCCAACUGUAUUUAUGAGAUGAAUGAUAACUCUCAAUCGCAGAUUGAGGCAGCUCUCAAGGACUAUAAAAGGCAGCGCUAUCCUCUUGCGAAGAUGCAGGUUGAAGGCUCUGCAAUGGCAGGCAAACUUCUCUAUGGCCAGACAUGGAUUGAGAAAUUCGGACGUAAAAUGGUCUUUAGUUGGAUGCCCAAUUGGUUAGAGAAGACCACUCUUACCCGAGCGGCCGCCUAUCAACCUCAGGCAGUCUUCCUGCCUUUUACAAAGAAACGAGGCCGACUUAACAUUAAGCCCCCAAAACCAUCCAAAAAGUAUUUAGAAGAGCAAAGACGUAAAGGUGCAGCUGAGGGGAUCGAGACUGAGAUGAAUGAGGUCAACGACAGGAGAGCAGCAAGUGAAGAUCUUGACACGCAUACGAUAUAAAGAGAG